UUUUUUUUGUAUUUUACUUUUAUUAACCUACUCUUAUGUCAAUACAUAAUAUUUUAUCCCUUCUUCUUUUUCUUUAUCUCACAUCUUCUGUUUUAUGUUGUAACGUCGAUUACGAAUAUAACUUCUUGACCACUACACAACCGUCCACUGUUGACAAUAAGACCAUCGACAUUCACCUAUAUUGUUCCAUUGAUGACUUGCCACCGCCAACUUCCCGACAACAACCUAUUUAUGCCCAUACCACAACAGCAAAAGCACGAUCAAGAUUACAUAUGCCAUCUUCCAAGUUUAUAUUGGAAAUGAUCCAUCGUCUACAAGUCUCAACCAAACAAAAACUCGCUACCGCCGCUCAGCAAAUGCAUCACCUUUUGAAUGUAGUCCAACAAAGAUUACAUCAAGUAGAAUAUGACAGAUUCAUUACAGGCACUGUAGUGCGCUUUUAUCAAUCUACUGGUUACAUGAUACGUACUCAUUUACAGCCGACAAUGUAUGAAAUACGCCAUAAACUCUGGCCAUUGAUGUAUGGAUUGAACGACAGGAAAGAAGACAUGGUACAAUUUUUGGAAGACAUUUAUACUCAUCCAGCUCUAGAAUGGCAUAUCUUCUCAUCAAAGUUGACUGGUCAAUUAAGGUUAUUCAUGCGACACUUGGGAAUGGAUUCCUUUUUACAACACAUACAUCAACAACUCUUACGAUUGCUGUCAAAUAGUUUGUUUUCUACAAGGAUCAAUAGCAGCAAUUCUUCGCCGCCAUUCUCGAAUCUGGAUGAUCUCUUCAAGGAUAUGUUAGAAACGGAUUAUCAUGGAAAAUUCUAUAAGCAGCAAAUGGCUCGAUACUAUCAACAAAUGUCUCCUCAAGAACAAACUCAAGUACUAUAUUCAAAGCGUGAUUUUACACAAUGGGUUAAAGACGGUGCUUCACAAACACAUAACUUUGUCGUGCAAACACAACAAGAUUGGAUUCAACUUAUGCAGUCGCUCUAUCAUGAUAUGGAAUCCAUGUUGGAUUGUCUCUCUCUUCCACCACCCGACUCCUUGAUGACCACAAUCGACUGUUCUCCCAAAAUUCGGCGUCAAGCUUUGUUACUCCUUUCACCUCCUUCUUCGGCUACUUCAUCUAUACUGACAACUGAUUCUACAGGUUCAUCAUCAACAUCAUCACGACAAAUACAAAGUACCACUUCUACUACACGUCAGCGAUAUGAAUGGAUAUUUGAACUGGAACAAAUUUACCAGGAAUUGGAGAUUACUAUUGAAUGUAUCUGUCCUAGCAACCACCACCAGCACAGUGAUCAAACCUUUCAUCCAUCAUCCUCUCCUUUUAGCAAAUCUUCAACCCCUCAUAUCAUUAAAUACAAACAAAACCACCCUCAACAACAACAACAACAACGACAACAACAACAACAACAAGAUGAACAACAAUACCAGGAAAAUCAUACAACGCAUCGACAACUCUCCAUAGAUAUGCUAGCCAAUUUGAAGAAAACAAUGAUGAGACGAUUUGCACGAUUGGAUAAGGAAUUACAUCGUCAAUUCUUUGCCGCAACUCCACCGCGAAAACACCAACCGAUGCAUUCUAUUUACAAUCGGCUUCGUGAAAACGUUUCAGCGAUGAACAAAUCGACCUAUGACAAAUACUUGAACCAGUUGAUUCUAUCAUGGACGGCAAUGAUGGCGAAUACUUUGGAUAUGGCAAACUCUGUGGCGGAUGAUUUGAUCUGGUUACAACGCAAAAAGGACGACAAUAGGACAAACAAUGUAUAUGCGGAAUCAAUCGAGUUGAUUUGGACAAGCGCUCAGCGGAAAAUGGACAAGAACAAUGAACAAUUGAUCAAUCAAUGGGAAUUGAUUUUUAUCGAUCUGGAUCAUGAUUUGCAAUUGGCUUGGUUGGAAAUGCUCGAUAUGGUGGAUGAGACUCAUCGGUCUUCUUUGGAACGUGUUAAAUCCUUUUGGUUACAUAACAAGGCUCGUUUAUCUCAUUUUUUCUCUUCUUUGUUUCAACCUACCCAUUUAAUGAUUCAUCAGAAUUAGUAUCUCCCUACUUUUUUUUUAUUCUUCUUCUUUUGUAUCAUAUCUUUUUUUUUUUUUUCUUGUCC